UUUCCACUUCAGGAGAAUGGCUAGUCUACUAUGGCUUGCUCACUUUCUCUGCUUCCUUUUGUUUCACUUGCAUUUCCGAGCUGCUUCUUCUUUACCUUUUUCUUUCAAUUCCUCCUCUCCAGCCAUGCCGUGUCAACAUGACCAGAGUCUUGCCUUGCUCCAAUUCAAGAAAACCUUUUCCAUUAGAAGUAAUGCCUCUCCCUGGGAUUUCCCUUACCCCAGGCCUUAUCCCAAAACUGAGUCUUGGAAAAAGGGCACAGAUUGCUGCUUGUGGGAUGGGGUCACUUGCGACAUAGAAACGGGUAACGUAAUUGGCCUUAACCUUUCUUCUAGUUUGCUCUAUGGUACCAUCCAUUCUAAUAAUACUCUUUUCUUCCUUCCUCAUCUCCAAAAGCUUGACCUCUCUAACAAUGAUUUCAACAACUCUCAAAUUGUACCUCAGUUCGGCCAAUUUUUGAAUUUAACAUAUCUUAACCUAAAUUACUCUGUUUUUGAGGGCCAAAUUCCACUUGAAAUUUCUUAUCUUGCUGGUUUGGUAUCUCUUGAUCUUUCAAGGAAUUAUGAUUUGAUACUCAAAGCCACUGUUUUUAACGAGAUUGUUCAAAACCUAACCCAGUUACAGGAAUUGGACCUAAGUGAUCUAAACCUGUCGUCGGUUGCAACUAGUUCCUUGAUGAAUUUGUCUUCUUCUAUAUCAUCACUUGCACUCUCCUCUUGUGAAUUGCAAGGGAAAUUCCCAGACAACAUAAUUCGACGACCAAAACUCCAAUUGCUCGAUUUAUCGGGCAAUGAAGAUCUCACUGGUUCCCUACCUAGGCAUAAUUGGAAAAACUCCUUCCGUUCCUUGUCUCUUUCUGGGACAAAAAUUCCAAUAUAUUUAGACCAGUUUGGUAACUUGACUCAACUCAUUAACUUGGACAUCUCUCAUAAUAAUCUCAGCGGUCAAAUUCCAUCCUCACUUGGAAGCCUUAAACAACUCCUUUUAUUGGACCUCUCUUACAACAAUUUUAGUGGUGAGAUUCCCUCCUCAUUUGUAAGCCUUAAACAGCUUGAAACUUUGGACCUCCGCGUCAACAAUCUCAGUGGUCAAAUUCCAUCCUCACUUGGAAGCCUUGAGGAACUCUAUUCAUUGGACCUCUCCUAUAACAAUUUUCAUGGUGAGAUUCCCUCCUCAUUUGGAAACCUUAAACAGCUUUAUACUUUGAACCUUUACAACAACAAUCUCAGUGGUCAAAUUCCAUCCUCACUUGGAAACCUUGGGGAACUCUAUUCAUUGGACCUCUCCUAUAACAAUUUUAAUGGUGAGAUUCCCUCCUCAUUUGUAAGCCUUAAACAGCUUGAAACUUUGGACCUCCGCAUCAACAAUCUCAGUGGUCAAAUUCCAUCCUCACUUGGAAGCCUUGAGGAACUCUAUUCAUUGGACCUCUCCUAUAAAAAUUUUCAUGGUGAGAUUCCCUCCUCAUUUGGAAACCUUAAACAGCUUGAAACUUUGGACCUUUACAACAACAAUCUCAGUGGUCAAAUUCCAUCCUCACUUGGAAGCCUUGAGGAACUCUAUUCAUUGGACCUCUCUUAUAACAAUUUUAAUGGUGAGAUUCCCUCCUCAUUUGGAAACCUUGGGGAACUCUAUUCAUUGGACCUCUCUUAUAACAAUUUUAGUGGUGAGAUUCCCUCCUCAUUUGGAAACCUUAAACAGCUUGGUACUUUGAACCUUUACAACAACAAUCUCAGUGGUAAAAUCCCAUCCUCACUUGGAAGCCUUAAAGAACUCUCUUCAUUGGACCUCUCCUGUAACAAUUUUAAUGGUGAGAUUCCCUCCUCCUUUGAAAACCUUAAACAGCUUGAUAUUUUGUGGCUCAACAACAACAAUCUCAGUGGUCAAAUUCCAUCCUCACUUGGAAGCCUUAAAGAACUCUCUUCAUUGGACCUCUCCUAUAACAAUUUUAAUGGUCCCAUCACUUUCCAAGGAAGCAGGCUUUCAAGUUUAGUAUACCUCGAUUUAUCCAACAACUUGUUACAUGGCCGAAUUCCAAGUUCAAUUUUCAAACUUGUGAACUUGAGUGUUCUUAUUCUUUCAUCCAACAAAUUGAUAGGAGAAGUCUCUUCUGCAUUUUGCGAGUUAAAUUCUCUUCAAAUUCUUGACCUGUCAAACAAUAGUUUGAACGGCUCCAUGCCACAAUGUUUGGGAAAUUUCAGCAACAAUCUUUCAGUAUUGCACUUGGGCAUGAACAAAUUCCAUGGAACCAUCCUUGAAACGUUUUCAGUAGGCAGCAACUUGAGAUAUUUGAACUUUAAUGGUAACCAAUUGCAAGGGAAAAUUCCACCUUCCAUCUGCAAUUGUAUAAAUUUGGAAAUUUUAGAUCUUGGAAACAAUAAUAUAGAUGACACAUUCCCCCAUUUUCUGGCAACACUUUCGAAGCUACAAAUUCGAAUUCUAAAAUCCAAUAAAUUUCAUGGUUUGGUGAAAGGGACCUCUACCAAUUAUUCAUUCUCAAAGCUACGAAUUUUUUACCUCUCCAACAACUUGUUUAGCGGACCUCUACCUGCGGAGUAUUUCAACAAUUUAAAGGCAAUGAUGAUCUUUGAUUUGAAUAUGAAAUACAUGGGGGCGCCAAAUCAUCCUUCUUAUGAUUAUUCUGUGAGUCUGACACUCAAAGGCUUAGAGAUUGAGUUGGUGAAAAUCCACACACUUCUUACAUCCAUUGAUUUGUCGGGCAAUAAAUUCACAGGGGAGAUCCCACAGUCAAUUGGAAAACUUAAAUCACUUAAGUUGCUCAACUUGUCUCACAAUCAACUCACAGGCAAUAUUCAACCAUCAUUGGGGAAUUUGAGCAAUUUGGAAUCAUUAGACCUCUCUUCAAAUCUUCUUGUUGGAAGGAUUCCAAUGCAAUUGACAUAUUUGACAUUUUUGGAAGUGUUCCGGGUUUCACAUAAUCAACUUGAAGGACCUAUACCCGAAGGAAAGCAGUUCAACACAUUUGAUAACACUUCAUAUGAAGGGAAUUUGGGAUUGUGUGGAUUUCCGCUAGAAAAAUGUGACAAUGGGGAGAGGCAACAACCAACAUCAUCAAAAGAAAUUGAUUCCAAGUCUAAAAAUGGAUUUGGAUGGAAAGCUGUAUUGGCAGGGUAUGGAUGUGGAGUAAUAUUUGGUGUUGUAAUGGGAUAUGUUGUGUUUAAAACAAGAAAACCUAUAUGGUUUGUGAGGAUGGUUGAAGGUGAAGGGCGUCGAAGGCUAAAAAGAUUAAGCAAUUAA